AUGGCAGCCACCACACCAACAGCCACCAGCUCUACGCCGACCAACGUGCUGGCUGAACUCACAGCCUCGCGGGAUGACGGCAAGGUGCACCUCCUCCUCGCCGCCUCCGGCUCCGUAGCAACAAUCAAGAUCCCCAACAUCGUAGCCGCGCUGACCAAGGCCCACCCGCCAUCGACCCUCUCCAUCCGGCUGAUCCUCACCUCGUCCGCCUCGAACUUCCUCGCCGGCCAGGCCGCCGAGCAGCCCGACCUGCAGUCCCUCCUCGCCAUGCCGGGGCUGGACGGCAUCUACCACGACGGCGACGAGUGGGGGCGCGGCCCGUCCGUCGGCCCCGAGGAGGGCGUCUGGCGCCGCGGCGGGCCCAUCCUGCACAUCGAGCUGCGCCGCUGGGCCGACCUCAUGGCCGUCGUGCCCCUGAGCGCAAACACCCUGGCCAAGGUCGUCGGCGGCAUCUGCGACAACCUCCUGACGAGCGUCGUGCGCGCGUGGGACGCCGACGGGCGCGUCGACGGCCGCAGGAAGAGGAUAUUGGUCGCCCCGGCCAUGAACACGGCCAUGUGGCUCCACCCCAUAACAGCGAAGCAGAUCCGCGUGCUGGCCGAGGACUGGGGCGUCGUCGAGGCCGCCGACGGGACGAUAGAGUCGGGCUGGUUCGAGGUCCUCCGGCCGCAGGAGAAGAGUCUUGCCUGCGGGGACGUGGGGGAUGGCGCCAUGAAGGAGUGGACCGAGGUCGUGAGGAUAAUAGAGGCGAGGCUGGGCUUAGGAUCGGAUCAAUGA